CCCGAGCCCUCCAUUGAGUAGUAUUAGUGAGGGGGAGAAGGGAAGGAGUGAGUCAGACGGGCGGAGGACGCGGCUUGAGUUGGGAGAGCCGGAAGGCGGGCCAACCAGUCUGGAGUCUAAGUUGCUGCCACUGCCUUUUCUCCUUGCAUUUAAGAGGUGGCCUCGCUUGCCAGUUUCUGCCCUCCGCCCCUGCCCAUGUUCAGGGAAAGCGGGUUGGCAGCCACCCCGCCGCCACAACCUCCUCUUCAUUGUUGCCUUCUGGUGUCUGCUUCUGGGAGGUGUCUCCGGAGCCAUCUGGCCAGAGAGCCGCCCCCAUGGCUGAAGUAGGACAGGAGGUGAUCCACCUGGUGUGGGGCAAGAAGCCUGGCUCCCAGGGCCUCGCAGAUACCAUCUUCAGCCGCUGGGCACAAGGGUUUGUAUUCAGUGAAUCAGAAUCUACUGCCUUAGAACAAUUUGAAGGAGGUCCUUGUGCUGUGAUUGCACCCAUUCAGGCAUUCCUUCUGAAGAAGCUUUUUGCUUGUGAGAAAUCUACCUGGAGACAAUGUCAAGAGGAAGAGCAGAAGAAUCUCCUUUGUCAUACAUUAAGUGAAAUUUUGGAACUGGCUUCCUCUGAUCACUCAGAAUCAUAUUGUAUGGUAACAUGGCAAAGAGGAAAAACUGCAGAAGAAACUAGUAGUAUUUCUGAGAGUCCAGCUGAGUCAAGCCAUCAAGAGGAGCAGCCCUCUGCCUUGGCUGUCGAAGAGCUUGGCUUUGAGCGAUUUCAUGCAUUAAUUCAAAAGCAAUCAUUCACAAGCUUUCCAGAUUUCAAAGAGGCAAUAUGGAAUCAGCAUUCAGUCUGGACGAAUAAAUUUGGAGUGUUGCUCUUUCUGUAUUCUGUGAUACUGACAAAGGGCAUUGAAAAUAUUAAAAAUGAAAUAGAAGAUUCAACUGAGCCAUUGAUAGACCCAGUUUAUGGUCAUGGAAGCCAAAGCUUAAUUAACCUCCUGUUGACGGGGCAUGCUGUAUCUAACGUCUGGGAUGGGGACAGAGAAUGUUCUGGAAUGAAGUUACUUGGAAUACAUAAACAAGCAAGUGUUGGUUUUUUGACCCUCAUGGAAUCUCUAAGAUACUGUAAGGUUGGCUCCUAUUUGAAAUCCCCAAAGUUCCCUAUUUGGAUACUUGGCAGUGAAACUCAUCUCACAGUCUUCUUUGCCAAGGAUUUGGCACUUGUUGCUCCUGAAGCUCCCUCAGAACAAGCCAGGCGUGUCUUUCAAACAUAUGAUCCUGAAGAUAAUGGCUUUAUACCAGACACACUUCUAGAAGAUGUAAUGAAGGCUUUGGACCUUGUAUCAGAACCUGAAUAUAUCAAUCUCAUGAAGGCAAAAUUAGAUCCAGAAGGAUUGGGAAUCAUAUUACUGGGUCCUUUUCUCCAAGAAUUUUUCCCUGAACAGGAUUCAAAGGUUCAGGAAUCAUUCCCUGUCUUCCACUACAAUGGAUUGAAGCAAUCUAAUUACAAUGAAAAGGUCAUGUACGUUGAAGGUACAGCCAUGAUUAUGGGCUUUGAAGACCCAAUGCUACAAACCGAUGAUACUCCAAUCAAGCGCUGUUUGCAGACAAAGUGGCCCUACAUAGAACUGCUUUGGACCACAGAUCGGUCCCCCUCAUUAAAUUGAUGUUCAGAGAAGACUUUGUAUGAAUUACUGUCCAAUGCUUUGAAUGAGGGUAUGGGAGGCAGCUGCCUGUAUUUAAAAAAACAAAAACAAAAAAAGCAAGCCAACUAUAUUUUGACUGUGUCGCUAUACACUGGUAUCACUGAGAAACUGUAAAUAAAACACCUUUUCAGUGUUAAUUAGAAUAUUUAAUUUUUUUAACAAUUGGACUGAUUUAUUUUUUACCAACUAGUUCCUCUUUGGCCACUGUAGUGCAGUUAAAAUGUGUGUUUCUCACCCAGAAUCCUCCCUGUUCAGCUUAAAAAGGACCUGGGACUAGAAAAGUAGUACAGCAUCUGCAUAUUAGCUUUUUUUAAACUGUCUUAAAUAUCAUAGUAUUCACUCCUUUACACACUUGUUCAGCCAUAUGUUUUUAUUUAAAUCAGACUGCCUUAGGGUGCAACCCAUUUGGGAAACGGGCUGUGCAACACAUGAUGGUGCUCUUACAAUCCCCACUGAUUCCUAUGGGGUUUGUUCAGGGAAACUUCCAAGUGGAUGGUGGCCUAUACUAUAGCAUCAUAACUUUGGGACUAGAUUGGCAUUUGCACUAAAUAUGCUUGAAUGAGUUAAAUGACUGCUGUUUUCUUCCAAAUAUCCCAAACUCUACAUGGUUUUAUUCAAAUAUGGCAGAAAUGGUGAAUUCUGAAAUAUGACUAACUAUAAAAUUAUAAACACUAUUUAUUGAUGGUGGUAUUUUUCCCAAAGUUUUACCGGGCUGGGUACAUUCAACGUCAGAGUGGGAUUUAAGAAAAGUAAAUAUUAAUUUUCAAAGUCAUAUAAAAGAUAUGUUUUGAGAACAUUACAGCUGAGAGAGCUUGUGCUAUGAUUUUUAAGAUGUUCAUAUUAUUAUUGCCAAAUACCUCUUCUCGUUAUAUCCUUAGAAAAGUACAUAUGCCAGCACAGUUGUAUGUUUCAUGCAUGAAAGCAUCUGUUAUUCACAUAGGAUAGUCCAUUAUUUAUUAUCUAGCAAGGCCUAAAUAAAACAAAAACUUAAUUAAAA